AUGAAUUCUAAAGUGCUAUUUCUUCUUGUUGUCUGCGCCGUCAUCGCUUCCCCUGUCUUUUCUGAAAGUCGUUUCUGCACAGCGUGCAAAGGUAUUGUCGACAAUGUCAAGAAAAUGGUCUCCGCAGGAAAGGACAUUGAAGAGGCUAUCAGAGAGGAAUGCGAUGCAAGUGCUCCGAGGUUUUUGAAGUCUGUUUGCCGUCGCUUCCUCAAUGGUCUCUCAAUGUUACACGAUCAUAUACAGGAUACUUCAUCUGACGACGUUUGCGCCACUCUUCUCCUCUGUGGAAGUUCUGAGGAAGAUGAGGAAGAGGAGGAAGAGGAAUGA